GCGGCGAUCACAUGAUUUUGACGUUAUAGCGCGGCUGCAUCGUCGUUUCAAACAUGGCCGCGGCGGAGUGCGAAACGAAGGAGAGUACUUCUCUUUCGGCGGACCUGUUGAAGACACCGGUCUUAUCCGAUGAGACCGUCAGCACGAUCGAGAGACAGGAGGGCUCUGGCCUUCCCUUGCAGACUCCAUGGACCUUCUGGCUCGACAAAGCUAUCCCUGGCACAACCGCUGAAGAAUACAAAGCCAACCUGCAGAAAAUAUAUACUGUAAAUACUGUGCAAAACUUCUGGGCAGUCUUCAAUAAUAUACCAAAUGCUGGAGAUAUGCAGGUUAGAUACAGUUACCACUUAAUGAGAGAUGAGAGAUAUCCUUUAUGGGAAGAUAAACUGAAUCAAAAGGGUGGGACCUGGAGAAUAAAAUGCCAUAAAUGCGAUACUGAACGUGUCUGGAAAGAAGUGGUGCUUGCGGCUAUUGGAGAACAGUUUACUACGCAUGUAGCACAAGAUGAUGAAGUUUGUGGAGUGACUGUGUCCAUUCGCGAUAGGGAAGAUCUUAUUCAAAUUUGGAACAUUAAUGCUGCUUUCCAAUCAAAAGCUACAGUUCUAAAAAAGGUUCACUCCCUAUUGCCUGACGUAAAUUUCUUGGGAGAAUUUUACAAAGAGCAUCAGUCCAAUCAUGCUUAUGGAAGACGUUAAAUAUAAAGUGAUAUUGUGAUGAAAGAAAAUUAUGAAUUGUUAAAUGUAUUUAAAAGAUUUUGACAAUAAUGAAAAUGUUUAUGUGUGAUGUAUAAAUAAUAUUCGUAUUAUUGCGCUAAUACGGAAAAGGUUUCUUUUAGAAAAAAAUAAUUGAGACAUGAUGUAUGAACAUGUUAAAGAAUGAACUGUCAUUAUAUAUUUUAAAAGUUUGUUACUUGUGACUUGUUUAAUACGCAUUAUUCACAAUGCGUUAUUUACACUGAAUUCGAUACAUUUUAGAAGCGAAUAGCUAUUAUAAGCGUUUUACAAACAAAAUAUAUUUUUAUA